ACCUCAACGACCAAUACAUAAACUAUUCCAAAAAAGAAAUAAAAAAUAAGGGGGUUAGAAAAGUGGGACCCAUUGCAUUUCACCAAUAGCAGCAGCAGUAGUAGGAACAAAGCAUUAGAUUCUGUUCCUUAUUUCCUCCGUUUAAUCUCACACACUUUGCGUAAAACUUUCUUAGCUAUUCCAAUUUUCUCUCUCUCUCUUAAUUUUCCAGGUGUUGAGUGGAAAAAUUAACUGACCGUACAAAUGGAGAUCUUGCUUAACAACACUCUGCUAACCUGCGCUUCCACGCUUUUAGCUUCUACCCAGGAUGUUAUGCCACUGAUGGCAACUGAGACCAAAGUCAAGGGAGAUCAAAACACAAAUGAUGGGCAAAACGUAGUUGAUGCUCCUGAGGAAGGUGGAGAUGGAGACGACAACGAUGAGAAUGGAAAUGGUGGAUUUGAGGAUGGCGAAGAGGAAUAUUCUGAUGAAGGGGUUCACGGAAACAAUCCGAACAAAAGCAAAGGAAAUGCCAACAAAAGCAAUGGAGAAGGUGAGGAGAAUGGAGAUGCAGAAGAUGACGAGGAUGGCGGUGAGGAAGGUCAUGACGAUGAUGGUGAUGAUGAUAAUGACGACGACAAUGAUGAUGAUGAUGGAGAUAAUGAUGACGAUGAUCGUGAAGGGGAGGAGGAAGAAGAAGUUGUAGAGGACGAUCCAGAAGAUGAGGAAGAAGAGGACGACGAGGAAGAAACUAUCCAACCUCCAAAGAAGAGGAAGAAGUGAACAAGUGCCUUCGAUUUGAACUAUCUGAACUUAGUUUAACUUGAGGGAGAAUCAAUAUUAUGCUUUUUUAGUUACUUUUCAUUUUAAGUUAUUGAGAACUUUGGAGUUUUUAUAUGAGCAAACAAGUUUCUCCCUUCAA